UAAAGGUUAUGUAAGGCUCUGACCUAGCUACCCUGCGGUCAAUGACCUUUGACCAAAAUGCUGUAACACUCCGUAGCGAACUCAGCGAAGCAUGACUACUAGCAAUCAGUAUUGAAUAAAUGCAAGGCAAGUAUUUGAUGAAGCAGAUUUUGAUGGACGAAGUAAUAAAAUGUUUGUAGUGAGGCCACACUGACUUAAUUUUAUGGAUGGCAUACGCCGGAGACCCCAAAGCUAAUGCGGAAGAGUGGGGAAAAAUCCGGCAAGAAAUGCUGCUCAACCACAGGACUAAAGAUUCGGUCCAUUAUUUCCCAGGCUUGGUUCGAAUUCACCUCUAGCAAGACUGUAAGAGGCAAUCGUCGCCAUGGCAAUAAUGAUUUAACAAAGACGAUGUGCUUCCAUGCCCUGGCCAUGUGCCCCCUUACCGUGGAGAGCAGACCCUCUGGCAAGCACAGAAUUCUGAUUGACCAGGGAUGCUAUUGGGUCACAUGCUGCCACAGUAUAACAUCAUGAAUUGAAAAAAAGAAAAUGCUAUGUUACUAGUAUUUAACAACAACAAAAAAAACAUUGGAGAUGCAGGGUAUCGAUCCCCGUACCUCUCGCAUGCUAAGCGAGCGCUCUACCAUCUGAGCUACAUCCCCUUCUCAUGUCCAAGGCUUCAAACUAAGCCGCCUUUUUUGUGGCCACAGGCAGCGUCACAGCUAAGUAUGAGUUGCACCUGUUACUGUGCUUUGGGGAUAAGGGUAAUUUUCACACUGGAGAUGGGUGUAGAAUGGUCUAUUUUUCUUCGACGUUUAAAAUUGGGAAGAGGUAAAGGAAGGAUCCAUUCCCGUAUGGGAAUCAUUUUGGCCUGGGAUGAUUUUUGAAGGGUAAUUUGGGUAGUCUAUACCAGACUGACUACGCGUAGAAUUCGGCAACAAAUCGGCAAAUUGGCUAGGGGAGCCAGUCCACACGUAGGCUCAUGUUCCCCCAACUCUUUGGUAGCAAGGACCGGGUUAAAGAAUUCUUUAACCUCCUUGUCUGGUAGCAAUUUUUUUUCUCCCUAAGAUAGCCAGCGUAGGCGUGAACUGGCUCGCCUGGCCAAUUUGCCGAUCCGAAUUCUACGAUCCCGGUACUCCCGUGGGAAGGCCUGGUGGAGGCUAAUUUGGGAAACUCACAUUAUAAUAUCGCGCACGUGUAGACAACAACCAGUACCAUAGUAACACAGGCAAUAACACGUUCCUGUAGACAACCUAAGGCUUUUACGAAACAACAGUACGCUGAACACUAGUAUUUACACCUACACAUUUGUUUGAUUGUUUUCAAACUUGUUUGCUUCACACGUUUUUUGUCUAUGGGAUACACCCGUUCACCUGGAACGUAGGCAUACGUAGAGUGGCCCCUUCACUCCAUCUGAUUUCAACAGAUUCACCGCACGACACAGGCCAUGAGACAGAUAGACUGUAGCUCACGGCGGAGCGAUGAUGUACAGAGGCAGCUACGUAAUGGCGGUGUUGCUGGGUCUUCUCGUGACAAGUAGCAGCGUUGGAGUAAGUCCAGAUUGUUGGUCGGACUUGAACGUUACAAACCAGGUCAGUGACAAAGCCAACAAUUCAACUCUACGGAUCCUGAAUGGUUUGUCUCUCGACAACAGCUCUGGUUUAAGAGAAGAUGUAACUCCGGACGUCCCCGAAUGUGUCGAACCUCCAACGUCCUUUCCUCUUCAAAAGUACGAAUCUACCUGGUCUCUGUUCUUCGUAGGCGUCGCUCUUUGUCUGGGUGUCUGGUCAGCCGCGGCAAACAGCCUCCCGCUAGCUGCCAUCAUCAAGCAUGAACAGCUCCACACGCCCGCCUACAUUCUCAUGGCUAAUAUGGCAGCAGGCGACGUUUUGACCGGCAUAAGUUUCACGAUCGGGAGUAGUGGGCUCAUGUACGUGGCAGCAACGGAUACCGUCCCGUCUGAUUUCAUGUUGCGUCUCCGCUCGUCAUCAAUCCUACUCUCCGGGAUGUCCUCCGCCUACAGCCUGGUGGCCCUGACGGCUGAGCGCUACUGGUUCAUCGUGCACGGGAUGAGCUACGUCAACAACGUCACCAACGGCAAGUGCAAGGUCGUGAUCGUUUUCGUGUGGAUGUGGUCGCUGCUGCUGGCGGUAAUGCCACACGUUGAUUCGAACUGCACAGGACGUCGCUUUGAGGAAGGAUGCGUCCCGUUAGGUUCGGGAUUGUCCUCAAAUAUUGUAAUCGUUGUCCUCGUGUUUGUUUUCAUCCCGAUGUCGGCAAUCUUCCUUCUCAACCUGGGCAUCUUCCGGUGUCUGUGGAAGCACAUGAAAGCCAUCGCUGCACAAGAAGCCGCUGUGGGCGCUCAGCCGAGCGUCAACAGGAAAUCCGCCAUCACCAUCGUCAUCAUCACAGUCGUGUUCCUAGUGGGAUGGAUGCCAAUCUUCGUCGAACUGGCUCGGCUUUCAACAAACUUGCUUACCGUGUAUGGCAUGAUGAUGUUCAUUAUCUUGAACUCUGCUAUCAACCCCAUUAUCUACGGGUUCCGUCUGAAGGAGGUUCGUCGCGGUGUUGCACGACUCUUCGUCAAUAAUCAUUAGCGGAGACGCCAAUCUACUAGACUUGGUUGUCUCUUUAUCUAGUUAAGACGAGAAAGUUUGUAUGGAAAAUCAUGUUAAAUUUUUUCCUCGUAGGGCAAACAUAUUGUUUUUCUGGUGUGUGAUUCUGCUUUCUCCUUCUUCCGCCAGUAGCCAAUCAGACCUUAGGUUGGAUAUUAGCUGAUAUUGUAAAUCUGUGCAUUUGUUUGGAAACACAAUACUAUAGGGCGAGCCAAAUUGUAUAGUAUUGUGUGAGAGAAAGUUGACAAAGGCUACAGGGAAACAUGCUGCUUUUUCACGAAAAUAUUGCUUUCCUAAUGUAGAAAAAUGUUGCGUUCCUAAUGUAGUUUAACUUGCAGUUACAUAUCUAUUUUCAUGUGUUGUUAUUUUGCUGGAAUGUUCUGUUACUAGAGAAUCACCCAACUAUUUCACUUUAAGAAGUUAAUCUCCUCUUAGUUGAGAAUCGAUGAGAUAAGAUGUCGUUUUCGCAUUAAUUUUACAUAAGAAGGAUUCAUUCGUAUAGAGAAUUAAUGACAUUGAGGCAUUACAUCUCAUCAUUGUCGGUAAAAGAUGAUUUGAAAUCUUCUUAUGUAUAGAAUUAAUGAGAUAAAGGAGUACUUUGCGAAAAUGUGUUCUCCGUAAUUUCCGGCAGUGUCUUAUCAUGAAGUAUGGUUCUGUAAAUUUGAAUAUUUUUGUUUGAGUGUAGUGGUUGCAUUGGCGCAGGACUCUGAUAGUUAUAUGCAGUUAAGGAUAGUCUUGUUGUAUUUUGAAGAGUAACACCGGUAAUUUUCGGCAUGGCUAACAGUUUUUACCUAUUACAGUGUACUGUUGUGCAGGUAAGACUAUAGGGGAUGCGUUGGAAGUAUAUUGAAUAUCGUACAAUAAAUAGAUAAAUAAAUAUAUAUGUAUAUGUAUAAAACGUGACUUAUUGUGA